UCUUUUUGACAUAGAAACAAUGGUACAUGGCGGAGAAAAGCCCCAGAAACCAUGGAAUAAGUGGAUAAAUAUGGCCUCCCGAGUCCCUUCCCGGCCCCUUCGCAGCUCCACCAUGCUGUCUUGAGGGGUGCAGGAGGACGCAUGGGAGGAGGUGCACGGAGUCAUCCCCAUAUUUUCCUUCCCGUGGACCGGUUCGCGCUGAUAAUAAUGGUUCUGUGACGAGGCCCUGAGUCUAGUACAUCAGGCAGGCGUGUGUGUCCCUCGAGUCAAGCUGAGGGCGAGGGACGAAGAGCAAGUGUGGUGUGCGGGGCUCGAACAUGGCGACGCAGACAGACGGCAGUGGGCUAAAAGACAGAACAGGGACGUCCUCGUGGGCUGGCAUCGUCGGGGGGGCGAAGAGUGACACCCCGGGGGACGCCAGGAACCCACCCCCCGAGGAAAGCCCUGUGAACCCUGAGCCUGGCGAGGGUGCAGCUGGCGCCCACGGGGGGGACUUAGACCCGGAGGAAUUGUCGCAGUUCACGGAAAUCCGCACGAAAAAGGAACGGGGAAAGAAGAAGGACGAGGACUUGGACCCGGAGGAGUUGUCGCAGUUCACGGAAAUCCGGACGAAGAAGGACCGGGCCAAGAGGAAGGAGGGCGUCCGCGGCGGGAGGAAGGACAGGCGCGGCGGGGGCGAGGGAGUGCCAAGGGGCCGGGGGGGGAAGAGGCCAGGCCGUGACCUCCCCCUCAGGCAGCAGAAUGGGCCUGAGGUGGGGGAGGAGGAGGCCGUAGAGGAGAGCCCCCCGCCCCCCGAGGGUGAGUCUGAGGAGAAGGUCCUGUAUGUGCCUGCCCCCGCCCCGAGUGUCAACAUCUGGGAGAAGCGGCAGAGCAUCCCCGCCCCGGCCAAGCCUGCAGGGUGUGUCAGCCCGCCAGCACCCAGCAAACGUAAUGAGAAGUCAAUACCAGUGGUGACUGUGACUGGUGCAGCUACGCCACCUGUUGCAUCACCAGCACCAGCUUUGCCAGCACCAGCUUUGCCAGCACCAGCUUUGCCAGCACCAGCAGCACCCACAACACAGCCUCCAGUCUCUUCAGCUCCAGCUCCAGCACCAGAUGCUUCUGCAGUGCCUGUUGUUGAGGCAGUAGUGGCAGUGAAAAGCCAGGCAGUAGUGGCAGUGAAAAGCCAGGCAGUGAAAAGCCAUCCAGUACAGAAUACCCAAGGCCACUCUGCACCUGACCCUAUGCCAGCUGAGCCAUCUCCCAGUGACAACAGUGUCACCGACCCAACCCCAGCACAGGCAGCCCGCAACCCACCCGCUCCUCACUCCACCAACAAGCAGGAAGAGAAGAGCAAUACAAAGGAUGAUGGCAUCAAUGACAAGACAGACUGGCCAACCCUUGUGGAGGUCCAGCAGGCUCAAGAAGCAAUACAUUUGCAACAGACAACAAAGUCUGAGUGGCGAAAGAGUGAGGAGAGGAAAAUAAAGGAUACUGACAAAGAAAUUGAGAAGUCUGAAGAUUCAGGAUCCCACGACGAUGACUCGCUUAAGGAAAACCGAGAAGCGUCGGCUCCCCAGACACUCAACAACAACAAGGUUCAGCAGACCAACAACACUCUGUCAACCAAAGCCACCAAAAACAAGAAGAAUAAACUUAAAAAGCAAAACUGGAGAAGACUAGACAUUCCACCUCCAAAGAGAGAGAAAGGAUUUCGGCGUGAUGGUCGUGGCCCAGACUCUGCUGACUGGAGGGCUGAUGCAAGGUCUGCAGGCAGUGCCUUGAGGGGCCGAGGUGGCCGCGGAGGCUCUCUAAGGGGUCGAGGCCGAGGUAGAGGAGCAGGUCGUGGAGGCACAGCUGUCGGGGGGGUGAGAGGCUUCCGAAGCCCAUCGACUGAGCCUUUUGAAAACUUCAUAGAGUAUUCAGAGAUUCCAGAUUACGUACUACAGGACCCAAAUCUUAUGCAGUUCUUCGUUCCUAAUGUUGGCUUUAUCUUCCCUGAAUUUGUUCCUCAAGAUGAACUUGCAAUCAAAGAUAAGAUCAAGAAACAGGUGGAAUAUUACUUCAGUGAAGAAAACCUAGCUAAUGACAUUUUUAUGAGAAGAAAGAUGUCCAAGGAUGGCUUCAUUCCAGUUUCUCUCAUUGCUUCCUUUAAUCGAAUGAAACAACUCACUCAAGAUGUUAAACUAAUUGUAGAUGUUUGCAAGACUUCUGAAAAGCUUGAAGUUAAAGAUGAAGUUUGGUUACGCACGAAACAUGAACCAAUGAAGUGGCCUUUGGAGGAUGCAGCUGUUGGACCCCUCCAGGCCCUCCUGGCUUCAGCUCCAGGUGGUACUUCUCAAGCUGCCAUAGAUCCCAUGUCACACACACUCCAGACCUCCAUAGCCAAUGAUAAGAACUCACCUGCUCCUACAACCAGUGAAACAGUCUCUGAUGCUAUCACUACCACAACUACUACUUUACCAGAUGCCCCCAAAAGUAUAUCCUCCACAACGGAUAACACUUCAAUUCCUAAGGCUGAAUUAUGCACACCAAAUAAUCCUUCUUCCUCUAGUGAUCAUCCGUCAUCCUCCACAGCCAAUAGUCUUCCUUCUACUGCCUCUAGUUCUUCCCCUCCAACCACCAUCCCCACCAGCAGUGCUUCUGACACAGUUACAAAGGAGGAUCCUCCAAGUGAAAAGCCUGUAUCCACACCCUCCAAACCCACAGCAGUCAUGGACCCGGAGGUUCCAGAAUUCACUCCUCUUCAGAGUGAACUUGAUCCAGCACAACCAGAAUUCAUUCCAUCUGUACCACAAGCUAAGAAUGAAAAAGCCACUGUACCUUCAGAAAAUAGCAAAAAAGUAGCUCCGAAUGGAGACGACUGGACUGAGGUGAAACGAAAAGGUCGACUAAAGCGGGACACUGAGAGUAAAGAGAAGGAUCUAAAACAGUCCAGCGAGGCCAAAAGAGAAAAGUCAAAACCCAGUCGGAGCAGCGCAGCGCAGGAGCCACUCAACUUCAGUAAAGACACCAGCAAAGACACCAGAGAAGAGUUAGAUUUCCAGUUUGAUGAAGAACUUGAAGUGUUACCAUCGACAGGAAGACAGCACGACUUCAGUGAAUGGUCAGAUGAUGAAAGUGACUAUGAAAUCAGCGACCAAGAUGUGUAUAAGCUUCUCAUCGUGACCCAGUCUCCGCCCUCCGCUGCGGGUGCCAGUGUAGGUGCCAGUGUAGGUGCCAGUGCAGGUGCCAGUGCAGGUGCCAGUGCAGGAGCAGCUCCAAGCACCAGCACCGCACCCACCACACGCCCUCCCAAGCAUGGUGGCUACGACAGGACGGGAGACUGGACAUCACGCACCAAGAUUACUCAGGAAUUGGCAAAAGUUAUCAAUGAUGGCCUUUACUAUUACGAACAAGACCUGUGGGAAGACAAUGAGUGGUUCCCACAGUCAAGGACCACGAGUGGAGGCUUGACCCAGCAGGUCACUGUAAUCAGCCAAGAGGUGAUGGAUUCAUUGCAACCCAACAACCCACCUGUCCCCGCUAACCAAGAGGUCCCUCCCCCUCCCCCUCCCCUGCACCUUCUUCAGGGAGCGGAGGAUCCAUAUGAAGACAUUGUUCCGCCAACUCCAAAGACACCAAGAUCAAGAAAGGCAGCUCGCUUCUUCCCCGUGGUGAAGGAUAAGGCCAAUGUAGAUCAGCGGACACCUCGCAAGAAGAAGACGCGUCAUUCCCACAACCCACCAGUGGAGAGUCAUGUGGGCUGGGUCAUGGACUCCAGGGAACACAAGCCACGCACAAACUCAAUCAGUGAUUUGAAUGCAAGUCCAAAUGAGAAUCAACUUUCUGGUAGCUUUGGUAGCAGCUAUGGGUCCUACGGGUCACUGCCAGGCUCCCUCCCCACCUUCCAACACCCUUCGCAUUCUCUUCUGAAGGAAAAUGGAUUCACGCAGCAGGUUUAUCACAAGUACCGGGCCAGGUGUUUGAAAGAACGCAAAAGACUCGGCAUCGGCCAGAGUGCAGAGAUGAACACACUGUACCGUUUCUGGUCUUUCUUCCUUAGAGAACACUUCAAUAGAAAAAUGUAUGAAGAGUUCCGAAGACUAGCAAAUGAAGAUGCCAAAGUUGGAUACAGAUAUGGCCUGGAAUGUCUCUUCCGCUUCUUCAGUUAUGGAUUAGAGAAGCAUUACAGAGAUGAAAUUUAUAAUGACUUCCAAGAAGAAACUAUCCGAGAUAUGGAAUAUGGGCAGCUUUAUGGACUUGAAAAGUUUUGGGCAUUUCUCAAAUAUUAUAAAAAUGGUGGGAACCUGAUUGUACAAGACCGACUGAAGGAGAGAGUAGCAAAAUACAAAAGCAUAGAGGACUUCAGAGUUGAAAUGCCAGAAGAAUAUGAUGCAGCAAAAGAGGCCAGAAAAGCUCGAUCCCGCACAAUAUCAGAAAAUGAAAGCUCUGCGAUGGCAGCCCAUGACGACUACCAAAGAUAUGGCAGCGGUGGGGUGAGGAGACGUGAGCGGCGAGCCUCAGAGGGUGACGGGGACCCAGGCAAUAGAGACUACCACCCGUAUCACCAUGCCAGAGUCAGGAACAGCUCGGGGGGACACAGCUUUGCCAGGGUCAGUGGAUCAAGAAGUAGACAUGCAAGUGGACAAACACAUUGGCAGAGAAAUGAUGUGACUGGUAAUUAUAGGAAAGCCAAGCAGAUUCAACACAAGGCUAAUGCCAUGUCUACAAAUAAAGUUCCAGCCCAGAUGAAAGGUAAUGAUAGCAGCAAAGCAUUCAGUCAGUCAAAGCAUAAACAGGAUGUUCCAGGGAAGACAGAAGCUUCCAAAAAUUCCUCUAAAACCACUGUACUAAAUACCACAAACUCUGAUGCUGAGGCUACAGGAAGAGCAGCUGCAUCGUCAGGCUCUGUACCGACUCCCAUCAUAAGGCCUAAAACAGACCCAGUUCCAGUUCCUCCUUCACCCAGCACGAGUAUGUAGCCUUCUUUCUUCCCAAGCUGUAAGCCAAGUCACUUUUUGCCAAAGUGAAUAAAUGCAUAAAUGAGUGUACAGCUGUAGAGCCAGAGUCUGCCACAACGGGAGAAAUUAUAGGUAUGACUGAAUUAGUUUACUUUCAUUUAGUACUUCAGUUUUACUAAUUAUCGACUCACUCAUAAAAGAAUGCUUAUUUUUAUAUUUUUAGAAGCCAUAAAUUGUUAUAUUCCAGAUAUGCAAAUAUCCAAAUAUUAGUGAAAUUCAUAAAAUUGCUCAUACUUGUUAAAUUAUAACAAAUCAAUCAUAUUUGCUAGUGAUGGUGAAAAUGAUGAUGACUGUAGCUGUGCUGCUACAGUCCAGUCAUCAGGUAUAUUUAUUUUUUUUUUAUUUGCUGUGAAGUAUUUUAAACAUAGAAUAGGUUGAAGAUUAUAUUUGUAAAUAUUUAGGUGACUUGCUCAUUACAGAAUGAGUAGUGUACUAUACUGACAUGACUUGAAUGACAAAAUAGAUUAUGGAAAAUUUUUAACUGUGUUGCUUGCAGAUGUCGUCAAGGCAUGCCCAUAACGUUAUCAUUCAUUAGAAAUAUACCUAGCUUUAAUGGUAACAAUUGUUGUGGUGGGUGAAAUUGCAUAAAAAUAGUGAAAACCCCUUUGUGAUAUUGGAAGAGCAGAAUGAAAGGUGCCCUUGCCCUUGAAGAGCAUGUGUUACCAAUGUCAUGCAACUAGAGACAUUUUUAAGUCAGUGGAUUGGUUGAAUGUGCAUGGUUCCCUUUGCCUGAUGGCAACAAAGGUAAAUUAUCUUCCUGUUACGAAUUUAAGAAUUUAAAAUUUAACAUGGCCAGUGGUCUGUGCCUUACUCAGUACCUCAGCCAAGCUCGGAUAUGAAAAGCCUUAUCCACCAACACUGAGGGACAUGACACUGCAAUUCAAGCAUGAGUACAUGCAUAUUCCCUUAAAAAAAAGUUUGAAGUUUUAUCCAACUCGAUUUAAUAGAACAGAUGUGAUGAGUUGGUGCUCACUUUGUUAUGAUGUCUACUUUUGAAAUUAAAAAAAAAAAAAUGGAAUGUUUUCCAUACUGUUUGGAGAGGUUGAUUAUUACUUAGGUUUAUUUUUCUAAUGUGUGUAGACGUUUUAUGUCUAUAUAUAGCAAGUUUUGAGAAAGUUCUUAUUUGCCUUUUAUCUGCUGUGACUUUUCAUCACUUAUAUUUAAAGCUUUUUCAUCCCAUAGUUGUUCUUUUGGCAGUGGUGUUUUAUGGGGAAUGUGCAUAUAGUUCUUCCCAAAUGUAUAUAGCUGUUUGGUAUGCCUAAAACUUCAGGUAGCAAAGUAAUGAGGUUACUAUGUAACUUCACUGUAAUGCUUGUGUUGGGGGGAGGGACGAGGGGCUUGUAUGAGUGGAGAAUGUGCACCAUUUUUUGGCAUAAACUUGGUUUGUAUGUGUGUAAAAUGUCAGCAUUAUAUAUUACGUAUGUAUGUAUAAGCAAAAUGUUUGUGUUCGUGAUAUCCUGAUGGUGCCACUAUUUAAAAUAUACAAAACUGUGUAUCUUUGGCUUAAUUCAAUUUAUUUGGGCAAAUUUCAUAAAAUAAACUAUACUACUGCUCUAGAAUAGAAGAGGUAGAGUAAAUGGGGUUAAUAACUGUUAUUGUGAACUUUAUAUCAUUAUUAUUCAGAUGGCAAUGUGGUUUUGUUUGUUUCAUAAAACAGUAUUGAAAAACUAAAAAAAAAAUGCAUUUAGUCUUAUUCCUGACUUAAGAUUGGCAUACUUAGGAAAGUACAAAAAAAGUUACUACGUUGUUUUGUGUAUAACAUUGCAGAUUGUGUGUUACAGGAAAAUGCAUUACAAUUACUUUUAAUUAUGAUAAAGCUCAUGUACGGUAAGGUAUAGGGUUACUAUUUUGUUAUGUUGGGUCAUGUUGUUUUCUCAUGUGAAUCACGCCAACGUGAGUAUACAAUGUUAUUUGCCAUUUUCACUUGUCUCAUAGCUUACUGAAAUAACAUAAGAAUUGUAAUUUCAUAAAAUAUAAAAAAAGACUUUAAAUACAUCAAA